UGUAUUUGAGUGGUUCCCCUAUGUUAUCAGCGCUGGCUGCAACUGGAGCCAAGUUCCUUCAUGCCCAUCAUCCAUGGGACAAGUUAAUAAAUUGGAUUGCUUUAAGUUGAUCGGUAAACACACUAAGUGGCAAUGUGUGUGGGAGCCUGAGAAGACCCUAAAUAUCUCCAGAUUCAAACUGCUUGUAGAAGCACCAUCAGCCUUUUCCAAAAAACUUUUGUGUAAUAAGUACAGCAUGACCGGAAUAUCUGUACCUUUAACCCACAAAUUACCCCAAAAAGGCAACAUGUCAGCCUAUGUUGUUGCCAAUGGGGUGAAUUGCACUUUGGCAACUUUCAAAGGAUCUCUUGACCACAUGGUUCGCUGUACUGCUGUUGAUGUUGAAUUAAAGCGGAGCUCAGGACAGCUGCUUGUCAAUGCAUCUUGGGAUGUGGAAAGUGAUGUCACAAAGUAUUUGGUGAAGUGGCGAGAGUACUUCAUUGACAACUUUAAGAAUGCUUCAUGGACAGUGGUGCGGUCCCGAGAGAGGCACUUUCACACCGUAAUGAAUCUCAACUCAUCCAUGUCAUAUGAAGUGCACGUGCAGUGUGUCAACACAUUGAAAUGUACCCAGUGUGCACGCAGCAAAGUCUUCAUUGUGCCUCAGGAACUUACCAGAGCGCCUAUCAUACGUACUAAGGCUAACUUUCACCAGGGGAGGAGGAAAGUAACCAUAUCAUGGGAGUCUCCAUCGUCUCUGGGUGUGAGUCAACACAACGUGAGAGUGCAGAAGGUGUCUAAGGAGUUCAGCGAGACCUUCACAUCGGACAGCAGGGACUCGUCCAUCAGCCUCCUUCUCUCCCACUCGGCCUAUCAUAUCAGCAUCUACUCGAGCAACAACGUCUCACAGUCGCCAUCGACGCCCUGGGCCAUAGAGCCAGCCCUGGAAGAUACGGAAUGCAGGGGGGCCUUGAGGGUGGUGUUCAACAGCAGUCACAGUUUUAACCUCUCGUGGAGUGACAGCUUGAUGAAUGCAUCCGAGUGUUACACUGUGGAAUGGUUCCCGAAGGCGGGAGACGGCACAGCGGCAUUCAAGUCCUUCUACUCAAGCAAAAACCAUAGUACAAUAGACAUUGGAGAAGAAACAUCUUUCCAUCCCUACAAGAGAUACAUAUUUUUCCUGCACGUUAAGCCAUACAAAGAUGACACCUGCAACCUCAGGCAACUUAACAACAGUGAUAUCACCUGUGGAUGGACAGAAGGGUACUUACUGGAAGGAACUCCGAUCAGUGCUCCACAGAAUGUCAGCCACUCGCACGUGACGAACAGCUCCGUGAUCAUCACAUGGCUCCCGGUACCAGAGGAGGAGCUGCGUGGCUUUCUGCGUGGCUAUAUCCUCCACUACACCAACGGAAGCAUGAAGUCAGACUUCACCUUGGGUCCUGUGGUCUACAGUUGUAAGCUCUCAGGUCUGAAGAGUGGGAGAGACUACCAGGUUGAAGUGGCAGCCUACACAUCCAAAGGAGAGGGAAAGCGCAGUUCCCCCUUGUACUUUGAAACUAAUCCAUCAGAUCCUGUUGUUCUUAGCGGUUGGAUCUUGGCAGGAGUCAUCACAGGAACUGCAGUGCUGCUGGUUGCAGUUCAUCUCUGCUUUCGCUUAUUCAAUAGGGUCAAAGGGGUUUUGUGGCCAAGCAUACCAAACCCGGGCAACAGCAGCGCCAUUCAGAAAAUCGACAGAGAAUAUGAGCUGGAAGCACCAAUGGACGAUCCGCGAAUUCACGAGCACUGGGACUCUGGACCUCUGUACCUCAUGGACUCCAGGAAGGUGGAGCAGAGACACGCAGCAGCAUGCCCUCUCCUGUACGGAUCAGAUCAGGGCUUCAGCAGUGGCGGUAUGGCGAGGAGACCGACGACCGGUGGGACAGAACAACAGGAAUGUCUUCCAUCUACUGGGAUGGACGUCGCUGAGACAGGCUCCACACCUCUGGAGUGUACUGGCACAGACUUGGGCGUGACAGGCGUCACAGAUACACCCCGCCAAAGGACAGAGACGGCUGCAGCUGCAGCCACAGCCCUGGCUGGUUGUGAUCCCAAGCCAGCAGUGGCUUUCAUAAGUGACUACACCACCAUGGAGCUGUUCCAGCAGGCCACCACGGCCACCCAGGCAGAGUGCCAUCCUUGCAAGGCUGUGAGCGCGGUGCCGAUCUGCCCUCCACCAGCAGGGCUGGACUAUGUCCACCAGUCCCAAUUCGACAUGUCACAGCCAAGCAGAGAUGGGUCACAUGAAACUGGGAGCGAACAGACCUCUGUGCUCUGAAGUCAGCUCUUUCUAGCAAAUUCCAAACUGCUGGAUAAGGCAAGGGGCAGAUGACAGGGGUAAUCAAGGUUGUGAAAGCCGUCAGAAAAAAACAAAACAAGAUUACAAGAUAGACUAUAUAUGUAUGCAGAAACGUUUACCAAGCAUUCAGUCACUGCGGCCCUCGCAAAGCUGAAUAAUGACUGAAUAAUGUACUGAAUAAUGCCUAUUGCCUCAAAACAGUUUCAAAACUGACCUUUUCACCCACACUCCCUAAAUGAGUGAGAUGCCUGCUUUUCAUCUGAAGUACAUAUCAACAAGAGCUGGUGUUGUUAGAAAUACAGCCAUAACAAAGACCAAAAAUUCACUUUUAAGGAUAAAUGUGUGUUGUAUUAAAAGAAAGAAGCACUGCAUUUAAA